AUGUACACCACCACCACCAUUGUAGGAUCCCUCAUAGCGCUCACCGGCCUCACCGCUGCUCUUCCGACCGGCAGCUCCUCUGCCUCAAUUAUCGUCGAGGGCGACGGUACUUUCCCCUUCUCAAACACCUCCUCACCCUCUCACCUACCCAAGCAGCUCCUCGCACGCCGCGCCCGAGAAGCCCAUGCCUACAUGUGCACCGACCCCGGCUGGCGCGGCAUGUGCAUCCACCAAACCUUCGAACACGGCACCUGCUACGACUUGAACCCCAACGGGAACUUUUACAAAGCCAUGAGCUCGUUCGGCCCGGACCAGGGCACGCACUGCUGGCUGUACACGGCCGAGUACUGCAAGUACAAUAAGUUUGACACGAAACAGAAGUAUCAGAUGAGGGAGUUCUCGUGGCCGGGGUUGAGGAAUUUCGGGCCGGAAUGGGAUAACCGGUUUUUAAGCCUCAUUUGUUUGGACCAGACAGGGAGGGGGAGGUGA